GCUCUCAUGGUGAUAAGUUGUUGGAACAGUGUCAGUGUUGGGCUCUUCUCAUCUGCACGUCUCAGGAAGAGGGAACAAUGAACCUGUUGAUUUUACUUUGCGUUCUUUGUGUGACCUUUACAGGUUUGUGUGAAGGCUUUGGGGUGGUGGUGGACGAUCUGCUGAAUGCACCUGUAGGAGGGAAGGUGCUGUUCACCACAAAGCUGACGCCACAAGAACCACCUGUGACUAUCAACACUGUGUUCUGGAAAUCUGAAACUCUUAACAUAAUAACCUCGAUCCCAAAUGUGAAUAACACCACACCACAGUAUAAAGACAGGAUCACCCUCUUCAUGUCUACUGGAUCCCUGGAGCUCAGGAAUUUGGCUCUUCAUGACAGUGGAGAAUACGAAGUUAGCAUUACAACAUCUGACGGUGGAACUCAAACAGGAAACACCCAACUGAUGAUAUAUGAGCCAGUCUCCAAUGUGAUGAUAACAACCAGCAGCACAGACUUGGUAGAGUUGAUCAGCUCAGUCCAUCUGUCCUGCUCCUCCUCUGGAUCCUUGCUCUCCUUCCUCUGGCUGAACGGCAGCUCGGAGGUCACAGCCAGCGACAGAGUUCAGCUCACUGGUGGGGGCUCCAAUCUCACUCUCUUCAAUGUGACCCGUUACGACCAGGGACUGUUCAGGUGUCUUGUGGUAAAUCCUGUCAGUAACGGCACCAGUGAUCCAGUGUUCCUCUCCGUCGGAUUUGGCCCAGAAAAUACACGUUUAAAUCUGUCUCCAUCUGAACAUUAUUAUGAGGUCGGCUCGAACGUCAGCUUGACGUGCUCAGCUGUCUCCAGUCCUCCUGCUCACUUUCAGUGGAUUGGACUGUCUGUUUCUGGACCAGAGCUCCCACUGCUCAACAUGAAUAUGAACCAGACUGGGAACUACAGCUGUCAGGCAUUUAACAACAAAACAAACAGAAAUCAGACCGCUCAGCCUGCAUUCAUCUCUGUACUUAAGAGAAUAUCAGGUGCUUCUGUCAAUUCCACAACAAACCAGGCAGUUGAGGGAAACUCUGUGAACCUGACCUGUGAGGCCGCUGGCUCAGUCUUCAGCAGACAGUGGAUGAAGGACGGCUCCGAUCUGAUCCUGACCAACAACAUGACACUUCACAGUGAGAAGAGCGUGUUGUCUUUUCAGUCACUGAAGAGAACGAACAGCGGAAAAUAUUCCUGCAGAAUCACGAACCCCAUCAACAGUAUUGAAGCUGAAUACAACAUGGUUGUCAACUAUGGACCAGGAAGUGUCCACAUCAAAGGUCCAAGUGAGAUUAAUGUGAAGGACACCUUAACAUUAACCUGCUCCGCUGAGUCCACACCAUCGGCUACUUACACCUGGUCUCUGAACACGGCAGAGAUACUCAGUGAUUCUGCCGAGUUCACCAAACCUGUCACUGAGUUUUCUAACGGUGGAUCCUACACCUGCACAGCAACGAAUAAUGUAACAGGAAGAAGUUUAACCGCAGUGCAUGCAUUGUCUGUGACAGAUUUAGUCAAACAACCUCCAAGUUGUAACUCUGGUUGCAUUGCUGGAAUAAUAAUCGCUUGCUGUCUCAUCGUUGGACUUUGUGCUGGUGGAUGGUAUUUUGUUUCUCGAAGAAGAAAACAGCGAAAACAUCUGUCUCAUGGAGACACCAGAACAGGUUCUACAGGAGGUGGAAGCCAGAACAGCCUGGCAUCGUCACGUAAUCAGGAUGUGACCUACGAAAACAUACAUUACUUAAAGAACCAAGAUGGUGGGACGGUGCAGCUGGAGUUAGAGAAAAUCUCCUCCUCCUAUCCUGGGGUCAAAGUGAACAACAGGCUUCCUGCAGCAUCCUCCACUGACGCCCGUAUGGAGCAAAUUAACGAAGCCACUCCACAGUCUGGUGCAAACUGUGCACAGACUGAGGAUCAGGACCCAAUGACCUGAUCCCAGUGGAUACGGUGGAACAGAGGCAGCUAAAGUGUCACCAGACCAACACACACUUCCCUGUCCUUUGUUUGUUUGCAUAAUUUGUAACUGUUUUCCAAGAGUUUUUUGCUUCAGCUGCGCUCUGUCAAUGCAAAUGUUAAUUAAAAUUGGUGUCAUCUUUGCAUAGUGUUGACACUGCUUUGACCUAUCUUUGACAUGUAGAGGGAAUUCUCCAAAGUUUAACUUGAAUGUAAAGAAAAAAAAGAGUUAAUAGUCAACAUUGUAAUAAGAAUUCAGUUUCCCAACACAGCAGAACUUGAUGCUUCUUAGGGGAAGUUCAGUUUGUAGAUAUCAGGUGUCAGAUCUGACACCUCAGUAUUGUCCCCUGAAAGUGUGUUAGUGUGGAUGUCUGGGAAGAUUUAAAUAUAAAUGUAUAGAUGGAGUGACUUAAUGGUAUCUGAACUGAAGUCUUAAAAAAUAAAUAUGUAAUUGCGUUUUUAUUAUAAUUAUAACAUGACCUAACCCAUUUAGAGGCAGGAAGUCAUUUUACCACUUCCUUCAGUUGGCUCAUGAACACCCGACUAAUGGCAAAACACUUUGUUUUAAAUGUGGCAACUGUUUGAGAAACCUGUGGUUUUAAAGAAGAACUUAAUCAUGUCUCCACAUCGACAGCCAGUCGUCCGGCCUCUUCCUCUGAACACAAUGUCUCAAGAACACCUCAACAGAACUCCUUCAAAUUUGGCAGAAACCUUCACUCCGAUUCAAGGAAGAACAAAUUAGAAUCAAAGUUAAAGGUCAAUGAUCGAGGUCACUGUGACCUCACACAACCCUUCUUAUUAGCCUUGUAAGAAAAUGAGAUCAAGAUUUAUUUAUAAAAUCUGGAUUUGAAAUCAGCCGUGAGACAAACAGAGGAAUUUAAAGCAAUAAGAUAUAAUUUAUUUGUUUGAUUAUAGAUAAAAAAGACAUUGUAACAAGGCUUUGACUCAAUAAAUACAAUUAAACUAAUAA